AUGGAAAAUUCAGGUUUAAUUGAUCAAAUAGAUCUCAAUCAGAGUAUUGAACCAUAUAAUAUAGACAACCUAUAUCACUCGACGACGACGAACAACAUUGAAGCACUCGACGACGAACAUCAUCAAAAUUCAAUCCAAAAUGAGCAUCAAGAUUCACUGAUAAUAGAUCUCAAUAAUACACCAAGUGUUGAAGGUAAUGUGGUUCUGUUUCAUGAUGAGAUAGAUAAUCAAUUUGGCGAGCAAUAUCCUACUUCAUUUGUCUCAAGUGAUGAAUCUAAUUCAGCUGUCAUUCCAGGUUCAAUUCGCCAAUCACUAAAUAAACAUGAAAUUGGAGGAGUUUUACUUGGUCAAGUAAGAUCAACAUUGGAUGAUAUACAUGAGCUAUACUGUCAGCAUGCUGCUAUAGUAGGAUUCAGUGUUAGAAAAUCCAAAAACAGAAAAAAAGAAGGGACAUCAGUUGUGCAUCAAAAGUACUAUGUCUGCUCUGCCCAAGGGAAAAGAAAUACCAAAAUCAAAGAAAAACAGGGAGAGAAUAAUAUAGAUAUAAUAAUACAAGACAGCAAAUCAAAGAAACAAAGGACACGAAGAGCUAUGAUCACAAGAAAUAAAUGUCCUGCGCUGAUUAGAGCAAGGAUGAACACUGAAGGACAUUAUGAAAUUGUGCAGCAUGUUAUAAAACACAAUCAUCCACUUACUAGUGAACCAUUAAAUUACCUUCAUAGAUUUGAGCGUCAGAUGAGUGAUCCAAAGAAACAAACCAUACAAGCUAUGCAAGAGUGUGGACUGAGGCCGAUAGAUUCAUUCAGAUAUAUGAGUAUAGAGGUAGGUGGUGAAGAUGUAUUGGGUCAUUCCAUGAAGGACCACUUCAACUGCUGUUAUAAACUCAAAAUAAAACCAAUUGAGGGAAAGGAUUCACAAAAAGUUGUUGAUAACCUUUAUGAGCAGAUGCAAACAGAUAGUAACUUCUUCUUUAGAGUAAGAUUAAAUGAUGAAGGAAAGGUUUGUUGCUUGUUUUGGAGAGACUCUAUGAUGCUUGAGGACUAUACAAUCUUUGGAGAUGUUAUGGUUUUUUAUACUACAUAUAGGACAAACAAGUAUAAUCUUAUUUGUGCGCCAUUUGUAGGAAUUAAUAACCAUUGGAAAAACACAAUGUUUGCAUGUGCAUUUCUUGGAGAUGAGACAAUGCCAUCAUUUGAAUGGCUUUUUGAAACAUUCAAGAAGUCAAUGAAAGGUAAAUGUCCAAUAACUAUAUUCAGCGACCAAGAUGCUGCAAUUGCAGGAGCAAUAAAAAAGGCUUUUCCAACCUCAAGACACAGGCUAUGUUUAUGGCAUUUGAGUCAAAAUGCAAAUCAACAAUUUGGAUUGAUGAAAGCUGAUAAGGAAUUCAAGAACAUUUUUCACAAGUGUCUGAGUGGUUGCAUUACAACAACAGAAUUUGAACAAACUUGGAGCACAAUGACAACAAAAUACAAACUAGAAGAUGAUCGCUGGUUCAACAGAUUGUAUAGUUUGAAAGAAAAAUGGUGUACAACAUUUAGCAAAGACUUCUUCUCUGCUGGAAUACUAUCUUCACAGAGAAGUGAAAGCGCAAACCAUGCUAUUGGGUUUAAGAGUACACACAUAUAUACUCUUUUCAAAGAUUUUGAGGACGAAUUCAAACAUGCAAUGGCAAGUGCAAUUGAAAUAGUUGGUACACAAGGGAACACUCUGACAUACAGAGUUUUCCUCAAUAGCAUUGAUGGUUCUUCUCAACAAGUCUCAUUUAAUUACCCAGAGAUGACAAUUGAGUGUGGAUGCAUAAAUUUUCAAGAAUCAGAACCAAGUAGAGCAUUGAUAAAGGAAAGUUUCAAGAAAACAAAUUCAUUAGUUGAAGAAUUAAUAAAGAUAGAAGAAGCAAAAGUAUCAGCAGAAAAAUCUAAAGCUCAUGAGAAAGCAUUACAAGAAGCAGCUGCAGCAUUACAAGCUAAUGAGAGUCAAGAAAACAACGCACAAGAAUCACCACCAAUACCAACAGUCUUGGAUCCAGUUGAGCAGUCACAAAAGGAAGAGACAACAAGCGAAUAA